UGCUUGUUGCUUGUUGUGUCAGAUCCGUGCUAGCUACAAAGUAACGAAGAGAAAUCAAACACCCAGUUAUUUUCCUCUGAAAGUGGCUAUAGCUCAUCUAUAGCUAGGUAAUACGACAAUAAUUAAGUCGACCGUUGAAGGUUGAACAGCACCUUGUCCUCUCCACUUUACAUUUUGUUUUUCUCUGUUCCAUGGUGCUUUCUACCCUGGCUGCGUGACUGGUAGCUUGCGCAGGGGAGCGAGUCGUCCUGAUGAUGAGAUCACCAACAGAAAGUGCCUUUCAGACAACAUCUCCAAGUUGAAGCUGCUCUGUGGUCCAUAUGUGCUUGGAAAGCCAACGCUCCCUUUAAGGCCAGGUCUGAGCUGUGACAGGGGAUACCUCAGCUGCAAAUCUUCAGUAGCCUCCAAUUCAUUUCUGAACGACUCCAGUGGCUAAGGAAUCCAAGACGAAAGCAUUAUUGUGGAGAGGACAACUGCCAAAACACAAAGAGCUGAAAAAUUAGCAGUUGGCAAAGUCAAUACCAAGCACGUCUUCAUUAAUAUUCUAUCAAGGAGCUCCAUUGCCUCGAAAUACUAUUAUUGAGAGUGUUCUUGUCAGUGGAGGAGGAGAGACACUUGGGGGUGUCACAGAGCAAGCCACUCAACCUUUUCAGAGGUCUGCCAAAGGUGCAAACUGAUUGAUGAGUGAUUGAUCGUUGAUCGAUUAGCUUUCCUCCCAGCUUAUGCUGUGAGGGCCUGUCUAGUUGCUACAUAUGAUUUGAGAACUUUUCAAACACAAAUCAAACAGAGCCAAAAGUUGUGAACUUCUUUACGUGAGGCCAUUUUUGAGUUAGAGUCAACUGAUAUAUUGAACUUGCAGCGUUCAAUUGGAACCUCUUGACAUGGCUCUGAAUAUAUCUUCGAUAAGAGACACAAAAUGGCUGACAUUGGAAGUUUGUCGUCAGUCAAGAGGAACUUGCUCACGGAGUGAUGAGGAAUGCAAAUUUGCACACCCACCAAAGAGCUGCCAGGUUGAAAAUGGAAGAGUUAUUGCCUGCUUUGACUCGCUAAAGGGUCGAUGUUCAAGAGAAAACUGUAAGUACCUUCAUCCACCUUCGCAUUUAAAAACCCAGCUAGAGAUUAACGGACGCAACAACCUCAUCCAGCAGAAGACGGCAGCAGCCAUGCUGGCCCAGCAGAUGCACUUCAUGAUCCCAGGCACAAGCAUGCAGCCUGUACCUACGUUCAAUGUAAACCAGGGGCUUGGUACGAACCCUGGUCUCAGCUACUCUCCAUAUCUUACACCCAUGACCUCCAUGAACCAUGGGAUGAGCCUGAUGCCCACAGAGAUGCUCCCCAGUACCCAAGUCAUGGUCCCUGGAAGCCCCCCUGUCACAGUCCAGAGCUCCAACUCGUCCUCCUCUUCCCCCUCACAGAAGCUGCUGCGCACCGACAAACUGGAGGUGUGUCGUGAGUUUCAGCGGGGGAACUGUGCGCGAGGCGAGACGGACUGCCGCUUCGCCCACCCCAGCGACAACCCCAUGAUCGACACCAGCGACAACACGGUCACCGUCUGCAUGGACUACAUCAAGUCGCGCUGCUCCAGGGAGAAGUGCAAGUACUUCCACCCCCCUGCUCACUUACAGGCCAAAAUCAAAGCCUCUCAACACCAGGUCAACCAAUCGACUGUGGCAGCUCAGGCAGCAGCUGCAGCCAUGACUCAGUCGACUGCCAAAGCAAUGAAGCGACCCCUCGAGGCAACUGUAGACCUGGUGUUCCCUCAUGGCUGCCUGCAGCCCCUACCAAAGAGACAAGCACUGGAGAAGAGCAACGGGGCCAGCUCCUUCUUCAACCCCAGUAUGUUGCACUACCAGCAGGCUCUGGCCAACGCACAGCUCCAGCAGACGUCUGCGUUCUAUCCCACAGGCAGAUAUAUCAGUGCUUCCAGAUUACAUCAUCCAGGGUCAGUGUUUUGCAUGUCUCCUGCUACCGGCAUUGAUAAUCCUCAAGUAACCAACAAGGAAGGAACAGAGUGUCAAGACGCUCCUCUUAGAGGCCCUAAACAGCCCUUCUGUAAAUACUACUUUUGCUCCACACGAGAACUACAGCAACCUGCAUGCUGAGAAGAAGAUUACUGAGGAAAUGUAUAACAUUGAGCUAUGUUAAAAUAUACAAAUUAUAUACCUGUAUUGCUAGGACUAAUAUCAUUACUGAUAUGUAAAUGACUGAUUUAUUAUAUGUAUACACACAUGAUUGGGGAUUGUGAAGAUUUAAUCGUAGAGGUAUUCAACGAUUACUUUUAUUUCCUUUUUAGCGUUUUGUUAAAAGUGCACAACACUCAUCCAAUUCAAACCUAACUUUUUAGCAGAUAAUGAUUGUGCAUCUAAGUGCUUGAUUGCUUUUAUUUAAAACACAGACCAUUGGAAAGCGCUCUUCUUUAUACACCAUAUACAAAUUGCAUUUGGCUUGUGAGUCAGGCUAGAAAGAGUGUCCUUCUUACUCUUGUAAAGGAUGAAUGUGACAGAGGAUAGCCUGUUGUUGUUUACCUUGUGGUUAUUCUCUGAGUACAGGAUCACUGCUCCCCCUCCUGGUGUGCCUUGGCCUCUACGGAGGAACAACCAAUUGAGUGAGCCUCAGCAAACCCAAUGAUAAUAGCAGAAAAUGAAUUUCUCUACCUUAUGGCAAUGAUAUAAUCAGUCACUAAUUCCAGAAAUGAUCAAGGAAUCUAGCUACCACUGUUUCUACGUUUCUGUCUGCGCUGCACUGUUUGCGUUAUGUCUCUUUGGUUAGGGUUUUAGUUGGGCCUUGUUUUGGCAUCCAUCAAAUCAACACCAUAUACCAGAUGCUGUGCCAAUGACCUAGCAGAGUGAUGGGUGGGCUGAAAAUAAGCCACUUUAGAGGAACUGAAAGGCUGAGUGAGUGUCUGCUGAGCUGUCACGGACAUGUGAGGGGUUAGGUGGUCAUACUCUUGGUCAUAGUGCAGAGGCCACAGACAUUAAAGAGGGAGCAGUAUGAUAAGACUUCAAAGGAAAGACGUGGUGAUCCUUGUAAAAAGGCUGACUUACACAUGCAAGGAAACCUUGCAGUGACCCGAGGUCACUUAUUAAUCCUGUCUUAUUUUAACUGUAGAAGUGCCUAAAGUAAUGUACAUAACAAGCAUCUUGAAAAGGCUCUGUGUGAAAAAUAUUCAACUUUGAAUAGAAAACCCUCAGUUUCUCAACAUACUCCACGGUCUCACAAUAAUCACAAUGAACAACCGUUUGUGUGAGGCGAAUUCAGUGCAUUGGUAGUCUUUGUACACUGGGUUAGUUUUAGUGCUUUAACUUUUCAUUUACUUUCAAGUUUCAAUUUCUGGCAGAUCUGAACAUGGCUGCUUUGGCAUGAAGUUCAGUGAUUGUUCAUUAUGUAAAAUGGUUUAGCUUAAUUCUUCAUGAGUUGAAAGUAGUUUGCAACUAAAAAGUGAUUGGAGAUGAGUUUGGAGAAGCGGAUAUGUGUUGUGCUUGUAUGUUGGUAACUCCUUUGUCUCUUUAUACAACUGUCUUUAUCAUAUUCUCAUGUUUAGUGCAUUGUUAUUAUAGUCUGUCUAACGUCUUUCGAGUAGAAUGUAUCACAGUAAAUGUUUUAGUGGUAGGACGUGGUCACAUAACUAAUCACAUUGUGCAAUGAAACUCAUAUAACCCUACAUAUGUUAAGCUUCAUUGUAUUUACAAACUGGUCUGUAAAACAAGCACUUACAAACACAGACAGAUUUACCCACCAAUGCACCUGUGCAAAGUCUACACCAGUUAUUUACAGUAGGAUAUAAA